AUGCCACGGCGCCGUCUGCCAUGGUGGUGCCCCGUUGUGUUUGUUGUCCGACGGCUUUCCUGCGCAGCCCCGUCAGCGUUUGCAGCUGACAAGGUGGGGUUGCGAACACGGGUGUCCGCGAAGAGAACAUGUUCGGGCGCCCAGAGAGAUCGAGCGCCCGAAUGGGCGUCCAAGUUGCCCCAUGCGCGCACAUCACCUCGGUUGCUUGAAACCCUUGCGACAGCCGUCCCUGCGCUGCAGCUGGGUGGCCCGGAUGGCCCGCUGUCUGAAGCCGUCAAGGUGCUUGCAGAAGGCCACACAGUGCUGCGAGAUUCCAAGGCAGAGCGGAAUGCAGCACUUCUGGUGCUGUUAGCCAGCAGCGGCAAGGGCAAAACGCGCUUUUUGUACGAGCUGAACGAGCGACUUCAGCAGGAGAAGCGCGCAAUGUGCAUCCCGAUCACCUUCAACGGAUUGCAAACCUUGGAGAGCGACGCUCAGACAGUGCACGGAUUGACCAAAGAGCCCGAGGAAAAAGCUAUCGUGCAUGUGGCGCUGCGACUGCUGCAGGCAACUUUUGAGAUCAAUGACUUGCAAGUGUUUGCAGAGUCUUUUUGCGAGAGCCUCGGGGCCGCCAGUGUGCCUCUGACCGUGUCGCUGCUGCGUAAAGUGGUGGCAGUGUGCGCAGAAACACGUGAGGACAUCAAGAAUGUGACCAUCCUCGUGGACGAAAGCGGCCGCUUGCCAAAGCUGUUGAACAUGUCCAGCGGAGAUGGAGAUGAGUUCUCGGCCCUGCGAUCUUUGUGCAGGCCCGGGAUCGUCGACACGCUCGGUUUUUCUGUGAUGCUGAUGCAAGCCGGCCUCGGCGACUUUGCCGAGCAGACCGUCAGCCAAAGAGAUGUGAAGGUCAUUGUGCUAUUGGAGCAGGAAGUUGAGGACGCCCUGCAGAACUGGGUGCUCUACGAGGCGGAGUCCCGAGAAAGUGUCCAGCGCUGGGCGGACAAGAUUGCAGAGCUUUGCAGUGGCAGUCUGAAGACAAAGGCCAACACAGAACUCUUCAAGAAGCUGGUGCUGAGGCCUCUCGUAGUGGAGUACGUGCCCCUGGCUCGUGGCUUGGAAUACCUGACUGAGGCUGUGAAGCAGUUUGACGUCUCGGACGCAGGGCCCAUCACUACCAAUCCAGAGUUGGGUUCGAGAAUGCGUCAAGUUGGCCUCGAGCUUCGAGACUUGGUGGAUGGAAAUCUCAACGUGAGGUACAGCAUCGUGGCACAGCGCCUGACACCCGCAGUCCUGGCUCCAGCCAUCCUUCCUUCUCAUCGCUUGCUGGUGAGUCUCGACCAUGAGAUUGGCGGCCACCGUGUCUCAAAGCUCCUGUCAGAGGCUGCGUACUCUAACACGCUUGAGGAGCUUCGGCCUGAUGCCGUGUUUCUCCCCGAGAUCGUGCCGGCCUUCUUGCGCCAAGCGGCUCAGAAGCAGCCUGACCUGCAUUAUCUUCAGGCCUGGUGGACGGAGUUGGAAGAAGUGCUGAAGGCGCAGGCUAGCGGCACCGCAGACGCCGGGAACUUGCUGGAUGUGGGCGUCCGGCUCUGGACCUACACCAUUCUGCUGGCGCUGUCUGAAAACCAGCCAACACUUAAAGUCACACUGGCCGACAUCUUCCCAGAUUGCGUGACGCAUCGUGGAUUGGAGGCAGCGGACUACAAGAUGCAAGUUCCUAAUGCUGUGACUUUGAAGGCGUUACAGGAGCCUCUCAAUGCAUCCACGAACAUCUUGCAGUUCGCUGUGGAGCAGGCUCGAGAGGGUGCGGCUACAGUGCUAGGCAUGGCUGAUGGACAGGCUGGCGUGGACUCUGUUGUGGUGUUGCCCUUGCCACGAAGGAAGGUGCUCCUGCUUGGCUUGGAGCCGCACGGCGGCGGCAACAGAGGUGUACCAGAUAAGCGCCAUGAAGGGCAUCCUCAAGACAAGCGAUCAGUGUUUUGGCAGGGCCUUCCAUCCGAAAUUCAGGGAGAGAAAGAUGUUCGGUUUGCUCUGCUUUACAUCACUCAUGACGAUCUUGUUGACAAGACAAGCGUGCUGGAGAAGAAGCGGAACUCCACAGUCCUGCGCGACUGUAACAGUUCCAGUGAUGUGGUGAACCUUCUGCUGAUGGACCGGUCUGGCCUGCAAUCCUUCUUUGGCCCUUUGUGGCCUUUGUAUGCUCAAGCGCGCUGCAUAGCACGCUGA